UUGUUGCGCCCAAGUGCCAACGCAACUAACAUGUUGCUCAGACCUGCUUGUCAGACAUCAUUCAGACGCUUCUAUGCAUCGAUCAGUGAGGAGUACAGGAAGAAGUUGACCACACAGGUCAAUGAGGCACCAUGCGUGCUCUACAUGAAGGGAACACCAGAGCGUCCACAAUGUGGCUUCUCCAACACAGUCGUCCGCAUCCUCGAGGCUGAGGGUGCCACCUACAAGUCACACAACAUCCUAGAAGACGAUGAUCUUCGUCAAGGCAUGAAGGACUUCUCCAACUGGCAGACAUUCCCUCAGGUAUAUAUUCAGGGCGAGUUUGUUGGCGGUGCUGACAUUAUGAUGUCAAUGUACAAGUCUGGUGAGCUGACGACCAUGCUCGAGAAGGCUGGUUGUGUUGAGCCAGAAUCACCAAGCGAG